AUGCAACACCAUCCAACCCUAAACCCUAACCAGAAUUUGGACCCGUAUUUCAGCCAUGCCUACAUGGGUUAUUCCAUAAAACAUAACCCUAAUUUCGAAACCCUAAACCCACCCGUUCACAUAGGUGUUGAUACCCAUAACACAUUGGUUCAGCCGUACCCUCCUAGGGUUGAUCCUCCAUACGUGCCGCAGCAAGGACACAGCUUUAUCGCACAACAGCCUGUGGUCGCUACUAAUACUGCCGUGCCUUAUUAUAAGGAACCUAAUGGAGCCGCCGUGCAGAAUUGUGUGGCCGCUAUCUGGCAACUUGGGACAAGUCUUGGUGCUGUUGGUGUAACAGUACCUUCCGGUGAUGUACAAAAUACGUUUCCUGUUAAUACCACUUCUGCAUUUUGGACUGAUCCAACAGUUCAGUCUCAGAGAAAUGCUUAUUGGAAAAGGACCCCAAAGAAGACGAAGGUUGUACAAUCUGCAUGGUGUGAAGUUUGCAAGAUUGAAUGCAACAGCAAGGAUGUUUUUGACCAACAUAAAUUGGGAAAGAAGCACAAGAAAAAUAUGGAAAAAUUGAACGGAAUAACUAGCACAUUUGUUGCUGCAUCUGCAUCAUUAAUUGGACCACAAGAGAAACAGGACAAAGAAAAAGCUACUGGUGGACAAAAAGCACAGAAAAGGGCUGCACAGCAAACGGAGGAUUUGGAGACAAAAAGAAGAAAAGUUCUGGAAGGAGGGGCAGCAGUUGAUGCUGUGCGUGCAUGUGUCUUCUGUAAUGUGGUUUGCAACAGUGAGACGGUGUUCAACCAUCAUCUCGCUGGUCAAAAACACGCUUCUGUGGUGAAGAAGCUUGCAGUUGCUGGUGCUACGUUUAUAAUGGCUCUAUCUUCUAGAAAGGUCAAGAGAUUGGUAUUGAUUGAGGAUGAACCAGGUGGCGACAUUAGAAGCUACGAAGUUCAUAAUAUCCUCUUCACUUUCUUUUCCUUUCGAGCUUAUGACAACGCACGCUGCUGGUUUGUAAUGGUUAAUACCCUACGACGGCCGCGUCUUCAACUGAAUGGUGAGAUAGAAGGAUUGCCUCUAAUUCAGCAGGAGCGACCUGUCAAUUACAUGUAA